UACAUGUACACCAAAAUUGCUUAAGGCGAGAAGUAAUCCAAGAGCUCUUCCAAAAUAAGGAUGCGUUUGGACUUAGAAAAGAUCAGUGACUGAUUAAUUCGCCAGCACUCUUGUUUUUCUUUGCUAUGGCUGCGAAUCUUCCCUACGAAAUAAGCAAGUUCCAAGAGCAUUCAAGGCUACUAAAGCAGAUAAAACGAGACACGAACCGAUACUUUCAGGAAAUUCAAGACUCGGGACAAUUCAGUCAAGACGUCUUAUCUGCAUAUCUUCCAGAAAGCGACUAUCAGUCCUUAGCGGUUUGUGAGAAACCUCCCACUAUCAUUGUAAUAGGACAAACAUGCUUCGCCAAAGUCUGCGUGAUCAACGAGUUGCUUGGGGAACCCGUUCUUCCCGUGGUUGGGGAGUUAGACAGUCGCACAUCAUGGCGAAUGAUUCGAUUAAAGUACGGGAACAUCUCAAACGUCAGUCUAGUUCUACCGGACAGUUUUGAAUUAGCAGCGAACCUUAACGCCUAUGAAGGCUCGUGGGAAUGUGUUCCAAGAGCUGAUCUCGAAUUGACUGAAGUACAAAGAGACGAUCCAGCCUUGGCGACUGCUGUUGCUGAAGUUUCGUUAACGCAUCCCUUAUUGAAAGCCGGAGCAGAGUUAGUGUGUUCCCCCAGCAAUCACGAGGGCGACAUCGACAACAUAUUCCGGGCCUGUUGCGAGGAUGUGCUUCCAAUUGUUCUUUACGCGAUAGAAUUUGAUGUUUUGACAGAGAAGGAUAAGACAGAACUCCGUCAAGUGAAGGCAAUGGCACCAGAUAUGGCUGUGUUCUUUGUAAAGUGCAACAGGAAUGCUUCUGCUGAGCUGACUGAUUCUAUGACUGAGUCAGGCCGCAAUUACGUCAUUGAGACAAUGGAGCAGAGACGGGCAGAUGUCAACCAAGACCCCAAUAUCAAAACUGGAUCAAUACCUGGGAAGACAAAGAUCUUUGAGCAGCUAUGUGAACUAGGGUACUUAUCACUGGAGAAUGAAGAAACGAAACUGCAGGCAAAUGAGCAGUCAACAAACAAUUCAAUGUUGACAGCCAUUCGACCAAAGUCGAAUCUCAUUGAGGACUUCAAACUUUUCCCUUGUUUUCUGCUGUUUGUGCGGCAAGUCCUUAAAUACAAUGUUGUUUCAGCUGCAACUGUACUGAAUGAGGCUCAUGUGAGAGUGCUUGGUAUGUUCAUCACUACAGCCUUUGACAUGGCCCGGGAUAUGGUGGUCACACCGCGUAGGCUGGACUAUGCCAGAGAGAAGGAGGAAGAUCUAUUUAAUGCUCUGAUGGAAAGCGCAAGCCGCAAGCAAGAGGAAAUCAAAGACCUCAUACACAACACUAUCACCUCACUGUCGCCAGAAAUCUUGGAUGAAGUUGAGCAUCGGACCUUUGAAGGGGUAAAAGUGCUGCCUAAUGGUGAGCUUUCAAACCCAAAGGAUUUGCAGUACUGUGUUACUGUUAUUCAAGAGCUGGUCCUAGCAAGAAUCAACAACUCUGUGGCGGAAGGAUUGAUUAGUUCUGUCAAAUACCUCCAAGAAAAUUUUGUGGGAACUUUGAAGCGAUGCAUUGAGUGCCUGGAGAAGAUAGACAGGGAUGGGGUUUACGAAAACGGAGAAUCUGCUACGUCAUCCCUAAGACACGUGCUAAACUCUGCAUACCAAAUUGAGGUAACAGUGAGAGCAAGUUCCUCUCUAGCUCGGCUUUUGUGGGAAAAGAUGAAACAAGCACUUCAAACUUUCCCUGGUCAAGCUCCACCAAAGGUAGAUGGUAUCUGGAAGAGGAAAAUUGCUCAAGACAUGCUCACCAGCUUGAGUGAAACACGACUGGCCAGACACAUUUGCUCCCAAUUUAGGUUGCGACUUCAAAAGUCUCACGAGGCAUUUGCAACAUCCUUGAGAAUACUUGAAGCGCAUCACUGUGGGAGACUAGAGAAAACUGAGGAGAGGCGUCUACGUCUGCGGAAAUGCCAUGCUCCCAAGAUUGCCAGACUGGCUUUGGAAAGCACCUCUCUGAGAGAUGUGGUGGUGUAUGGAAUGCCUCAGAUGGGUCGAGAGGUUGGGAGGGGACAGUAUGGUGUUGUGUAUUCAUGUGAACGCUAUGCUGGUCGUUCACCAUGUGCCAUCAAAUCCGUUGUCCCUCCUGAUGAUAAACACUGGAAUGACUUGGCUCUGGAAUUUUUCUACACAAGAUCUAUUCCAAAACACAACCGCCUUGUGUCCAUCAUAGGGUCAGUGAUUGAUUACAGUUAUGGAGGAGGUAGUUCCCCUGCUGUUUUGUUGGUUAUGGACAGGCUUCAGCGGGAUCUCUAUCAGGGCAUCAAGAGUGGACUCCAGUACAAAAGCAGGCUGCUUGUAGCACUUGAUGUGGUGGAAGGUAUCCGUUUUCUGCACAGUCAGGGACUGGUGCAUAGAGACAUCAAACUUAAAAAUGUGUUGUUGGACUCGAAGAACCGUGGCAAAAUAACAGACCUUGGGUUUUGUAAACCAGAGGCAAUGAUGUCUGGAUCCAUCGUAGGGACACCCAUUCACAUGGCGCCAGAACUGUUUUCUGGUCGCUAUGACAACAGCGUAGACGUGUACGCCUUUGGUGUCCUUUUCUGGUAUAUCUGCGCAGGCACAGUCCGCCUUCCCUUGGCAUUUGAGCAAUGCGCUAGCAAAGAUCACCUGUGGUCGGCCGUUCGGCGUGGCGUUCGACCUGAGCGGUUGGCGAAUUUUGAAGACCAAUGUUGGGAAUUAAUGGAGGCAUGCUGGAACGGAGACCCUAGCGGACGACCGCUUCUCGGAAACAUUCAACCGAGGCUUAUUGAUAUCAUCAGACGAGUAGAAAGCCGGCGCAGUGGCACGGUGAGGCAUCAGAGAAAAGAGAGUCGACCUUUCAAAGAACUAGAGUAUCAUCCUUGAAUCAAAUGUAAAGGUCAUGAGAAUAAAGGAAAUGAUCAACAAUCUAGGAAGCUUCUGAUUGUCAAACAAAUUCUCCUUGUCGGAGGAAGUGUAAAGAGAACAGUGUGCAGAAUAUAAGUAUCAAAGUUAGGGUGUUAAGGGGUUAAACUGUAAUAACGUUUGCAAGAUGGUGCUUGUGUAACCCGUAAAAACGAGUAAAGUGAACUUGUAACUUGUUAUUAAGGCUAUGGUAAGGGAUUAAUUACUACGGUAUGUAAAUAAUGUUGAUAAUUAAAUUAUUUUUUUGGCUACCUUUUUA